AUGAAUAAGGAAGAGAAAUGCAGCAGCGUUCAGAAACUGCUGAUUACAUCUGAGGUACAACUUUACUUCCUAUCCUCCAAAAGACCGGUUUCUGUCCUCAGCCCACUGCCAUUUGUGCACUGCCAGACGCACGAUCUCCCUGGCCUGGGCCUCUCCCCCCCCCCCCCCCCCCCGCCUCCAAAUACUUUGGCCUACCUUAGAAUUGUCUCCUAUGCUGUUGCGCUAUCCUGGCAGCUUCCAGAGGUUCCACUCUCUCCUCCAAGAAGGAAGGCCAACAGCUCCUCUGCUGUGCUGGGAGGUGAUGGUAGCUGCUGGGCUGAGCAGGGUGAACUAGAGGGGCUGGCCUUGUACAAAUGUGGUGCAGCUGCUGUGCUCCCCCAGGUGAUGCUGGUGAUUGAUGCAGCUGUCAGCCACCUGGAGGACUUGCCCUGCCUGGAAGAAUACCUCUGCAACCUCGGCAAGAAGCAUCAGGCAGUUGGUGUGAAGGUUGAGUCCUUCUCGACAGUUGGCGAGUCCUUGCUGUACAUGUUGGAGAAGUGCCUAGGUGCUGCCUUCAGCCCGGAUGUGCGGGAGGCCUGGAUCAAACUCUAUAGUGUGGUGGUGAAAGCCAUGCAGCGCGGCUGGGAAGUCCUCCCAGAGGGGGACUAGCCCUAGGCCUGGCCCUCUACAGGACAAGCACUCUCCCUCUCUGCCUCUCUCUACCUGUCUGUCUCUAUGCACCAGCCCACCUUCUCCAGCCACAUGUACUUUGUGAUCUCACCUUGUUUUGAUGCUGCCAUGUCCCUGCAGUUCCUGGUGGCCACAGGGUAUCUCUCUGUAGCCCAGAGUAUCCAUCAGGUUCCUGUGUGCCAGCGCCUGUAGCUGUGCUUUGGUCGUCUGCUGGCUCCCUACCCUCCUCUUGCUGCCCAUCCUCAUAAGAUGGCUGCUGGCGAGGGCCCCUCAAGCCCCACAGUGAGCUCUCAUCCUGCACUCUUCACCCAGCAUCACCCUGGGCAGUGAUCUUGGUGCUCCUCUGCCCUUCUCCUGUGCGAGGCUGGUCGCAGUAUAGCGUGUUCCCUGCAAAUGUUUCCAGUGGUGGGAGAUCACAUUAAUACCAAGGUAAGGCUGCUCUCAGUGAUGUAUGCUGCUGCCCAGAAGGGUUCCUGUUGACUUGCUCAGUUGAUUUUGUGAGAGCUGGCUGAAGUGCACCAGCAGCAGUGACUAUUUAAUGUUUUGUAUUGAGAAGAAUAAAGCAAAUACAAGAAAUCAUCUUAAAAUAACAAUGAAAGUUGCAAUCGUCAUGGCAACAGCUUCUAGAAAUGAUUCUGGCUCUUGGCCAGGGGAAACAUGCCUGUAAUUUUUCUGCUUAUGAGGGUAGGACCUGGAGUGCUUCCUAUCUGCACACAGUGCCCAUCAGCAGAGCUUCCUCCCCUUGCAGAAAUAACUCUGCCAUGCCUGAGACACAGCUACCAUGGAGGGGAGAAGGCACACUGCUAGCACUGAGCAGCAGGGCUGUGUUAGGGUAGGAAUACAGUACCUGCCAGGAAGCUUUCAGGGGAAUGGCUGGGAGGUAGAACCCACAUGCUCCAAGGGAGCUGAACAUGAUCUCUAUGGAGAAGGUCAUCUUUAAGGGAAGUCAUCCCAGGGUAAGGACAAGGAACAAGCGCUCAUCUGCAGCCAGUGCCCUUUUUCACUUCUCCUUCAGAGCAGAAGCCCGGUGUUCAGGGCUGUGAUUGUCCCUCCUGUGCUCAUCUAUCCUCCCUCUGGGCAGGAGGGCAAUCCAUGAGAUGUGUCGCUAUUCCUGUCCCCUGCCCUGUGGUGCUGGUGGCUGUGCUGAGCACACAGCAAGGACUCUGUGAGGAGUGGUGUCAGGGCAGAGCCAUAUGGGCUGUGCACUCUAUCCUCCCUGAGAUACCAGGCUGUGCUCUUGCAGUCUGGUACAGGGCAGGAGGGGCAGGGAAUGGGGCAGUUCCUGCUACAGCCCUGAUCUGGGGCAUCAGCACCAGGGGCAGGAAUGUUCUGAACCUGCGUGGCACAUAGGCAGGUGUGUGAGGGAUGGAGUGUGUGGUACUGCAAGAAAUGGUUCCCU